UCCCGGCGCUUUCCGGAAGAGGAGAGGCGACGGACCGGAAGUGCGACUGUUUUGUUCUUCCGUCAUGGCGGAGGGGGCCGGGCCGGCGUUGGUGGACGUGCCGCCUCAGGAAUGCCCCGGCACCGGCAGCGACCAGGCGGGCAAGGCCGACGCCUGCCGAGGAUGCCCCAACCAGGGCCUGUGCGCCUCCGGGCGGCUGGCGGGGCCCGACCCGGCUAUUGAGGAAAUCAAAGAAAAAAUGAAAACAGUGAAGCACAAGCUUCUGGUCUUGUCCGGGAAAGGAGGAGUGGGGAAGAGCACGUUCAGCGCUCAGUUGGCGCACGGCUUAGCAGAGGAUGACGCCAAACAGGUUGCUCUGCUGGACAUUGACAUUUGUGGCCCCUCCAUUCCAAAAAUCAUGGGCCUCGAAGGAGAACAGGUCCACCAAAGUGGUUCUGGAUGGUCCCCAGUGUAUGUUGAAGAAAAUUUAGGAGUUAUGUCGGUGGGGUUCCUGCUCAGCAGUCCUGAUGAUGCUGUGAUUUGGAGAGGCCCUAAAAAGAACGGUAUGAUUAAGCAGUUUCUCCGUGAUGUGGACUGGGGCGAAAUUGACUACCUGAUUGUGGAUACGCCUCCAGGAACAUCAGACGAGCACUUAUCCAUCGUGCAGUAUCUUGGCGGCGCUGGUAUAGAUGGUGCUGUGGUCAUCACCACCCCUCAGGAAGUGGCGCUACAGGAUGUUCGGAAAGAGAUCAACUUCUGCCGUAAAGUGAAGCUGCCCAUCGUAGGAGUUGUCGAAAAUAUGAGUGGCUUUGUCUGCCCAAAGUGUAAGAAAGAAUCGCAGAUAUUCCCGCCUACGACUGGAGGUGCAGAGGCAAUGUGCAAAAGUUUAAACGUGCCUCUACUGGGGAAAAUACCUUUGGAUCCUCAAAUAGGAAAAAGCUGUGAUGAAGGACAGUCAUUCUUCUCCGCCGUGCCAAAUUCUCCAGCUGCAUCAUCUUACAGAAACAUCAUCCAAAGAAUCCAAGACUACUGCAGCCAUAACGGCAGACAGCCAGAAGAAAACACUUGAGCAGUGCAUGAAAUCUAGAAGUCCUAGUGAAGCACCAAACACUUUAAAGCCUCUUGCUACAGAAAUAUAUUUGUCUUUUAUUUGUAAGCCGCCCCGAGUAGACACAGUCUAGAGGGGCGGGGUGGAAAUCUAAUAAAUAAAUUUAAUAAAAUAAAUAUAUGAAGCCUUUUUUCCAAUUAAACUUGAGUAACAAGUGCUA